CCACAUUUUUCACUUUUUGUUGUCUUCUUCGAUCCAUAGAUCUUCAUCAUCAUCACUUCUUGUUAUAUAUAUUAGUUGUUCAAUUACGUAUAGUUAUUAGCAGGGAAUUAAUAAAAAUGAGCAGUGAAGGAGAAGCGGUUCCGAAGCUGAACCAGAGAAUCCUUUCUUCUCUGUCCAAGAGGUCCGUUGCUGCCCAUCCCUGGCAUGAUCUUGAAAUAGGAUCUGAGGCUCCAAACAUUGUCAACGUAGUGAUUGAGAUAACAAAGGGGAGCAAAGUCAAAUACGAACUUGACAAGAAAACCGGCCUCAUUAUGGUGGAUCGUAUCCUGUAUUCAUCCGUGGUUUAUCCUCACAACUAUGGCUUCAUUCCAAGAACUCUAUGUGAAGACAAUGACCCCAUGGAUGUACUAGUCCUAAUGCAGGAACCUGUUAUUCCUGGUUGUUUUCUCCGAGCAAGGGCCAUAGGACUCAUGCCUAUGAUUGAUCAGGGUGAGAAGGAUGAUAAAAUCAUAGCGGUUUGUGCUGAUGAUCCUGAGUAUCGGCAUUACACUGAUAUCAGCCAACUCCCUCCUCAUCGUUUGGCAGAAAUUCGUCGAUUCUUUGAAGAUUACAAGAAAAAUGAGAACAAGAUGGUGGCGGUUAACGAGUUUCUUCCACCGGACACUGCUGUGAAAGCGAUUCAGUAUUCCAUGGACCUUUAUGCCGAGUACAUUUUGCAGACUUUAAGCAAGUAAUUUGGUUACUCAAAGGUGAAUCGGAAAUGUUGGCUUUCCUCACAACAAAAAUAUUUUCAAUAUUUUUUUGGUCAAUUUUGUUUUUUUUUUUUCAAAUUAUUUAUUUACGUCAUAAAUGAAUGUUGUAUUUUCAACCGGUAUUUUGUUUGAUAAUUUCAGCAAUAUACCUUAUCAACACCAAAAACGCAGCAAUGCAAGUCUCAUUGUAGUUUUUAAUUUCCUUGAGUUGUCAAAGUGUGAAAAGCUUUAUAUUUUUGUCUACAGUAUGUGUUAAAAAGUUCUCAUUUCAAGUCAAUUUUCCUUCA